AUGCUUGUACUACUUCUUUCCUCUUUCCAAUUAAGUAACAGUUCCUUCUUCACUGAGACAUGUUUACUACUUCUUUCCUUUUCCAAACAACAGUUCCUUCUUCAACUGAGACAUGCUUUGCCUUUCUUUCAAUUGAGACAUGCUUUCAAUUGGUUGUGCUUUGCUUCUUUCCUCUUUCCAAUUGCUAACAACAGUUUCCUUCUUCAAUUGAGACAUGCUUGUACUACUUCUUUCCUCUUUUCAAUUGCUAACAGUUUCCUUCUUCAACUGAGACAUGCUUGUACUACUUCUUUCCUCUUUCAAUUGGAACAACAGUUUCCUUCUUCAAUUGAGUUGUGCUUGUACUACUCCUUUCUUUCCUCUUUCCAAUUGCUAACAACAUUUCCUUCUUCAAUUGAGACAUUUUCUUCUUUCCUCUUUCCAAUUGCUAACAACAGUUUCCUUCUUCUUCAAUUGAGACAUGCUUGUACUACUUCUUUUUCCUCUUUUCCAAUUGCUAACAACAGUUUCCUUCUUCAAUUGAGACAUGAACAGUUUCUUCUUCAAUUGAGACAUGCUUCUUUUUUCCUCUUUCCAAUUGCUAACAACAGUUUCCUUCUUCAAUUGAGACAUGCUUGUACUACUUCUUUCCUCUUUCCAAUUGCUACAGUUUCAGCUUCUUCAAUUGAGACAUGCUUUCUUCUUCCUUUUCAAUUGCUAACAACAGAACAGUUUCCUUCUUUAAUUGAGACAUGCUUGUACUUUCUCCUCUUUUCAAUUACUAACAACAGUUUCCUUCUUCAAUUGAGACAUGCUUGUACUACUUCUUUCCUCUUUCCAAUUGCUAACAACAGUUUCCUUCUUCAAUUGAGACAUGCUUUGUACUAUUCUUUCCUCUUUCCAAUUGCUAAGAACAGUCUUUCCUUCUUCAAUUGA